CCGUAAGCCCAACCUGAUUAGGGUCAAAGAGCAAGUCGGUUAGGCCCAACCAAGCACCCCGGCGCCCGGCGGCUGGCGGCUGCGAGUCGCACCCCGACGCGCCCUCCAAAUCCCCAUUCCUUCCGCCUUCCGCUCUCGCCGCCCCAACCCCGCGCCGGCGGCAGUCUCCGCCCUCCGUCCGGCCGCUGAGAAUUUCGCCCCGGUCCCCUACUCUCCGACGACCUAGGAGGAGAAGGGUGAAGGGGGCCCUCGGAGUCGGUAAGGAUGUCUGGGUUCGGCGAUGGGUACGUGGGGACGGCGCAGGACGCGGUGAAGAUCCGGCGGCUGGAGAAGCAGCGCGAGGCGGAGCGCCGCAAGAUCGAGGAGCUCAAGAACAAGUCCUCCGACGGCCAGCCCGGCCUCCUCCAGUUCGGCUCCAGCACCUCCGAGAUUCUUGAAACUGCAUUUAAGAAGGAAACAGUUGGUCUGGUCACGAGGGAGCAGUAUGUCGAGAAGAGGGUUAACAUACGGACCAAGAUCGAGGAGGAAGAGAAAGAGAAGCUUCAAAAGUUGCAACAAGAGGAAGAAGAAUUGCAAAUGCAGAAAAGGAAAAGGAGGAGAGUGAGGGGUGAUCCCCGCUUAUCUUUUUAUGACGACAUUGAGAACGGAAGUGAUGAAGAUGAUUUUGAGAAUCAGGAAUCUCAAAAGAAAAAUGGCCCUAGCAUACUUGGAAAGGAUCCAACUGUCGAGACAAGUUUUCUACCUGACAGAGAGAGGGAGGCAGAGGAACAAGCAGAACGAGAACGACUGAAGAAGCAGUGGUUGCAUGAGCAGGAAUUGAUCAAAAAUGAACCUCUUUCAAUUACUUACAGUUACUGGGAUGGUACUGGGCACAGGAGAGUUAUCCAGAUCCGUAAAGGUGACACCAUUGGAGAAUUCCUAAGGGUUGUUCAACAGCAACUUGCCCCAGAAUUCCGUGAAGUACGGACAACAUCAGUUGAGAACUUACUUUAUGUGAAGGAAGAUCUUAUCAUCCCUCAUCAACACAGCUUCUAUGAAUUAAUUAUCAACAAAGCUAGGGGCAAGAGUGGACCGCUUUUCCACUUUGAUGUUCAUGAGGAUGUGCGUACCAUUGCCGAUGCAACAAAAGAAAAGGAUGAGUCUCACGCGGGGAAGGUUGUAGAGAGGCAUUGGUACGAGAAAAACAAGCAUAUAUUCCCAGCCUCAAGAUGGGAGAUCUAUGACCCAACUAAAAAGUGGGAGCGCUACACAAUCCAUGGGGAUUAGAGUGUAGAACAUCACACGCAGAGAGCUAAACUAAAAUGUACUUUGGAUGUCUGGAAUUACAAGCACACUCGAGGAUAUGAGAAUGGCGCGAUACAACAAGAGGGGAAUAGGAAGGUCAUUACUGUUGUUUGCAAACAAACAUGUACUUCUAAAACUGUAAUUGUAUGCGUGCGCUAUUUUUACUGAUGCCAAAAUUUCGCCUUAUUCGCAAACGAUCUGAUACUUGUUGGAUAUGAAAGGUAUACUUUUUUUGUAGACAA